AUGGUUGUGCCCUCAGGGAAGACAUUCCUGCUGAGCUUCAUCUCCUUCCGAGGGCCCUGCAACUCUAAUAAGAUCCGUGUCCGGAUUGAGGGAGACAUCGUGGCACCGAGCCAAGUGGGGCUGCAGCAUUCCAACGCGGACCAUUGGAUCACCUUCGCCGACGUCAACGGCUUAACUGUCGACGGAUCGGGCCAAAUCGACGGCCGAGGCUCUCUUUGGUGGGCCUGCAAAGCCACUCCUGAUCUGAGCGGGCUGAGGUUUAAGGACAGCCCCAAGAAGCAUGUCACAGUCGACGACAGUGCUUGGGUUCGUGUGUUUGGCAUAACCGUCGAAGCACCGGAAGACAGUCCCAACACCGAUGGGGUGCACAUCGAGCGCAGUCGGCACGCGGAGAUAGUAGAUACUAGCAUAGGCACAGGGGACGACUGCAUAUCCAUUGGACCGGACACCGCCGAUCUUAAUAUAAGCCGUAUAACCUGUGGACCCGGACACGGCAUCAGCAUCGGGAGCUUGGGUAAGGACGAAUCCGAGGCACGGGUGGAGCAGAUACACGUCUCAUCGUGCAGUUUCUUUGGAACUUCUAAUGGUGUUCGGAUCAAGACAUGGCAGGGAGGUUCUGGUUUUGCAAGACGGCUAUUAUUUGAACAGCUCGAGUUUGACUCUGUCAAAAAUCCCAUAGUCAUAGACCAAUACUACUGUGAUGGCGGUCACAAAUGCCACAAUGAGCCAUCGGCCGUCGAAGUUAGCGACGUGCGAUAUGCUGGAGUCAUAGGGUCAACGACAAAGAACAUCGCAAUCACCCUCAACUGUAGUCGAAACAUCGCUUGCACCGGCAUCAUCAUGGAGAAUAUCAGCAUUUCGCAUGUCGAACCAGGCGCUCCAACUUCCUCCUUCUGUGUCAACGCCCACGGAAGGAUGAAAGAGCCCGUCGUUCCUCGGGUCCCUUGCUUGAACUAA